CCCCGCCCAAUCCAACCCGGAUUGCCCCAUCCCCACUCAGGCCCCGCCCCCAGCCCGCCCCAGCCAUCUGGCCGCGCUCUGCUUGCCUGGGAGGCGCGGGGGCUUAUCGGCGGGGAGCUCGGCGAGGCCUCUGGACUGUUUCCGCGGGGCGGCGGACUCCUUCAGCCCGUGACGCGGGGGACGCCCGUCCCGGUCAGGAUGAAGGCCUCGCUGGCCGUGCCGCUGGCCCUGCUGCUGGCCAUGCUGCUCGCCGUGGACCCAGCCCGAGCCCUGGUGUGCUUCUCCUGCACCAACCAGCAGAGCAACUUUUACUGCCUGAAGCCCACCGUCUGCUCCAGCUCAGACAGUUACUGCGUGACCGUAUCAACGUCAGCUGGCAUUGGCAACUUGGUGGACUUCGGCUACACCCUGAACAAGGGCUGUGCCCCCAUCUGCCCCGGCCCCAGCGUGGACGUGGGCGUGGUGACCGUGUCCACCCACUGCUGCCAGAGCUUCCUGUGCAACUUCAGUGCUGCGGAUGGCGGGCUGCGGGUCAACACCAUGGUGCUAGGCCUGGGGAUUCUGCUCAGCCUCCUGCUGGCGCUGCCACAGCUACACCCCUGACCUGGCCUGGCCGCUGCCCCCUCUGCUCCCCCCCACCCCCGCAGUGCCCACAGGAGCUGCCCUGCCUGCACCGCCCCUGCCCUCACCCCCUCCCCGGCUGACCCCAGAGGGUGGAAGAGGGCCCCAGCCCUGGGACUCCAGCCAGCUGUGGAUGCAAGACUGACAGGCCUGGGGAGCAGGUGGCUCUCUGGGGUGGGGGACAGGAGAGCAGCAUGAAAGGUCCCCGGGGCCAAAGCUAGUGUCCCCGACACUCCUAGGCCUCGCUCCAUUCUGCUCGGGUGGUCUGGGGGAGAAGGGUCCACUGCUCCCAGGCCCGGGCAUGGGCUUCAGCACCCCAAAUCCACACUGCCCCCUGUCCCAUCGGAUCCAUCCCACUGCUUCAUGCCUCAAUAAACACAUCCUCACCCUU